AUGGCUCGCAGAAAGUUGAUCCCUGAUGUGCCAUGGCCACGGGCGACGCUGUUCAUUGUCACGCUGGAGACCGUUGUCGCACUCGUCCUCGAAAGCCUUGUUCUGCGAGAACAUAUCACAAAGCCUGCAUCACACGAUACUGGUGUGGAUCCUGCGUUGGAUACUGCUCUGAGCACCCCACAAACCAUCUACCCCAUCGUCUAUCUGUUCGCCAUUGUCAGUCUGUUCACCCUCUGCGUUGACGCCAUGUACCAUCGCAACCAGAUCCAGGUUGUGGCGUUCACUUUCUUCAACAUCCUCUACGGUGUCAUUCAAACCCUCGCAGAUUGGAAUGGUGCCACUACCCAGCUAAUUGCUUUCAACCUCGCCAUUUCGGUCACCAUGGGAGUGAGUAGCAUCUUUUUGAUCUUUUGCGCGUUCAAGCUCGCCAGGGUCUUUGGCUGGGAGAUGUUUCGAUUCCUGGGCGCGUAA